GCGGCCGAGUCAGACGUGAGUUUCUGUUGCUGAACAGAGUUUUUGUACUCUAUCCCUCAACCGGAUCGCUGUUACCUACUCUAUUGCACCAAGUGGUUAUGAAAAGGCCAUAAACAGUCUCCGAGCCUUUUAAACACGGACUUGUAUUCUUAUACGUAAUUAACCGCCCUCUGCCCAGGACGCACAGAUCAAGCUAAGCUAUUAUUAGCUACACCAGCGUGCGACAGCAUAUGAAACAUCAAUCUUCGUCAUCAUGAAGCAAAACAAACAAGGUACCAAACGUAAAGAGAAAACACAUCCUGUCCACAAAGAAGGUAUGAUAUUCGGAGUACCUUUAAAUACCAACAAGAUACCGACGGGCUCGUCGGCUGCUAAUGCCUCUGCCACGGCUACCGUAGCUAGUACCGAGCACGAUUAUGCAGCCUAUGAAACCCAAGCUUUUGGUCAAGAUGCCGACCUGAUUCCUCUGCCAGAGUCCGCUCCUGACACUCCGCUCAAGCCAAGAGAAAAAAAACAAAAAGCUGAUAUCUCCUUAACAGAUUUACAGAGCAACAUUGUGGCGGCGAUUAAUGUGCGGGCGGAUAACCUGGAGAGCCUGAUAGCCAGAAACACCGUAAGCAUCGAAGCCCUGAAGAAAUCCUUUGACUUUGUCUUUGCUGAAGUAGAUUCACUAAAGACUGACAUGAAGGAGGUCCAAAGUGCCGGUAAAAGAUUUGACCAGCAAAUAUCCGAUUUGCAACUUAAACUUAAUGAAGCUGAAAGAUACGGACGGAGGUGGAACCUCAGACUCCAUGGUGUACCUGAAGGGAACCCAGAAGAUAUCAAGACCAAAGUUACCAACAUCUGCUGUACCAUGAUACCUGACUCUCAGCAGAAAAUUAUGGAUGGUAUUGAUGUUGCCCAUCGCUUUGGAAGAAGCCAAGGGGCAACAAACCGGCCCAGGACAACCAUUAUCCGCUUUGCAAACAGAUCUACAAGAGAUCUACUAUGGAGAACAGCAAAGAAAAGUGAAUACCUCAAGAACAACAAGCUGAGGUUCCCUGAAGACUUAACUACUGACGACAAAGCAAUACGUAACAAGCUGUGGCCUUUGAUUGAAGCUGCGAGAAAAGAGGGAAAAAAGGCUCACUUUGCUGGCACCCGCGUCAUCAUUGAUGGAAAGGAGGUACGUCCAGAACAGCUUGACCGGUUCCAGAUGGACACAUCAUCUGAUGCAGCUUCCCACACUUGAUCUUCCUGUGACCUCUGUCUGGACGGCAUCUUCCUCUCUUUGCCCUCAAGUCUCCAGUUCUCUAUGUGCGAACUCCUCACACCUUGCUGUACUCCUCACAAGAAGCAACUACUUUGCUGAAGGUCAUCUGAUGGCUCUUAAAGACCCUUCCUUAAGUUCCAGUGAUUGGUUAAUGGAUCACCUGGUCUUGGCCCCUCUCCUCCAUCUGGCCCCACCCCUCCUGAGCUGACUGCAGGUAACCUCCACAGAGCUCCGACGGUGACCUGCCGACUCACAGCGGGAUGAAUGGCCGCGACGGCGGGAUGAACGGCCGCGACGACGGGAUGGACGACUGCGUCGCCGCGACGGCAGGAUGAAUAUAAUUUAUUUGGUCGCUAAUAACCUUCUGCUCCCUCUUCAGCCCAGUAGUUCAGUAAAAACAAAUCAGCUGCUGGUUUGACUCAAACUAACUUUAUUACGAGAAAAGCAGACAAACACCAACGAAGAAGACGACAACCAAUUUGUGUUUGAGCGGGGAUGAACGAGCACUGUGAUUGGCUAAUGUGUGGAAAGAGGCGGGUCUUGGGGGAAUUUAUUAUUCCUCAGUGUUGCCAGCGUAGCGACUUUGUGGUUGUAUUCAGCGACUUUGUGGUUGUAUUUAGUGACUUUGUGGUUGUAUUUAGGGACUUUGUGGUUGUAUUCAGCGACUUUGUGGUUGUAUUUAGUGACUUUGUGGUUGUAUUUAGUGACUUUGUGGUUGUAUUUAGCGACUUGGUGGCUGUAUUUAGGGACUUUGUGGCUGUAUUUAGCGACUUUGUGGUUGUAUUUAGUGACUUUGUGGUUGUAUUUAGUGACUUUGUGGUUGUAUUUAGGGACUUUGUGGCUGUAUUUAGCGACUUUGU